AACAGAAUGGGUUAAUCAUAAUCCAAUGAUUUUGAAUAAUCACGUAUGAGCGUUCCAAAAAUCAAUUAAUUAAAAUUUUGGAAGUAAGUACAGGAUAUACGUUAUGGUGAUAUCAAAGUUUAUAAAUUAAAUGAUGGUCAUACAGUUGCGGUAAAAGAACAUAACUUUCAAGAUGAUGAAUAAUGGCAUCUCUUUAGAUAAUAAGCAGAACAAUAAAUGUAAUCAAGAUAGAAAGAUCUAUUCUUAAUAGAAAUGAUGGAUUUAUAGUAUUUCACAGAAAAAGAAUUGUGCACUUAAAUGACAUAAGCACGCAGUGUAUAUGAAUAUUUUGAUGAAUAUUUGGAAAGAUUAAUUGUAGAAUAAGCAGCGUCUAAACAACAUUUUGAAGAAAUAGAAAUAGCUGCAAUGCUUCAUUGUACUGUAUUUAUCUUUAUUUAUUUCGGUUUAGUUAAUAACAAUUCAAAAAUUGAACACUUAAAAUAAAUCUCAUGGAGACAUAAGACCACUUACAAUAAGUGUUACUUCAUUUGUUAAAAAUAGUCCUUAUCGUUAGAAUGAACCUUAUCCAGUUUAUAAAUUAACCAAUAUUCAAUAAUUAACAGAAUAUAAUGCAUUCAAAAGAUGUGUUACAAAAUAAUAAGGGAAAUAUAAUUUGAGUCCUGAAUAGAUGCAAUUCCUUAAAUAAAAAGUGUUAAUACCAAGUUAUGAUCUCAAUAAAUCUGAUGUCUUUAGUAUUGGUUUGACAGCGUUGUAGAUGGCAACACUCAAAAAUACUAAUGAUAUCUAUGACUAUACUAAUUAUAUAAUCAAUACAGAGAAAUUAGAUACUUACAUUCGAGAAAUGAAAACACUUUAUAGUGAACAGAUGUGUUCUAUAGUGUGUUAAUUAUUAUAAUUAGCUCCUGAAACUAGACCUAAUUCAAGCUAGGCCAAUGAACUGCUAAUAGGAUACAGAUUUCAACUUGAAGAUUAUUUCAGAGUAUUUUGUUCAUCCUAUAAAGUAAUCUACUAUUUAAGAAUACUUACCAAAUUAUUCAAUUGAUUUUAGAUAAUAAAACAAUAAUAUCAAAGUUGGGUAACAAGUCGUUAGCAGGGUUGUAGACACUACAGAUGUUUAUGAACAAUUAGAAAUACUUGAAUAAAGAGCUAAAAUUGCACUUUAGAGAAGUUAAGAUGCUUAAAAUAAAUGCUAAAAGACACCAUCCAAAUAAUUAGACUAAACUAGAAGUUGCUAACUAUAUAGCAAUCUUACUCCGAUUACUUAAAAAGAGCUUCAAUUAUAACUAAGUGAUUAUAAAUAAGACAAUUCAAAUUAAUAGUCUUACUAAAUUCAUAAUUAGCAUCAAUAAAUUUAUAAGCCCAAAGAGGAAAUCAAUCACUUUCAGAUUCAAGAUCAUGAAUAAUAUCAAUAUAAUUAAUAGGAUUUAGAAGAUAAACCAAAGCAAAGUGUAGUAGAAUAAAUAACACCUUCGAACUUAAAAAAUUUAUAGCAAAAUCCAAUUAAUUAUAAUAGAACUCAAUUUUCAUAAUAAUAGUUAUUUGAAUAAACUAAUAAUGAUGAAGUUAAUUAAUAUUAAUAAUAAUAAUAUUAAUAAUAAUAUUAAUAAUAAUAUCAAAAUCAAUCAAAAUAUCAAUAGCAACCAAGGUAAUCAUAAUUACUUAGAGAUUAAGAAUUGACUAAAUAAUUGACUGGAUAAUAGGAAAUAAGUUAAAAUUACUUGUUACAAUAAGAAAAUCACUUAUAAUCUCCAUAUUCUUCAAAAUAAGAGAUAAAUUAGAGAUCCUCUUAAUAAUUUGAUUCUUAAUAGCAAGUGAAUGUAAGAUUAUCAGGUACACAAGCAUAAAGAAUACAAAGAAAUUUGACUGGUUCGAUUGUAAAUGCUAGUAAAUAGAAUCAUUAAUGA